UAAGCUUUCUAGUGCCGGAUAUAAUCCUUCCGGAAGUAGUUUUACCUCAGCAAACUCUGAUAAACUAAGAAGCAAGAAGAAAUCGUGGAUUAAUAAUGCUUUAAAUCCUACAUAUACGUCACGUUGUGAAGAUUUUCGUCGUAAUUUCCCAACCCUUCCAGCAGACGAGAUGCUGCUAGGAGACUAUUCAUGUGCACUUCAAAAGGACAUAUUAGUUCAUGGUCGAAUUUUUGUGACAAUAAACUUCCUUUGCUUCUACGCAAAUAUAUUUAAAUGGGAGACAGCAGUAACCAUCAGAUGGAAGGAGAAGUAUUCACCUUCUGGAAUUGAUCUAGAUACAAUCCCUCAUGAGCAACAGUAA